UCGAUUUAUCAGUGUUGCAAGGCGUGUCAAAGGUGCUUUUAGGCGGUCUUCUUUGUUUAUACAUCUAUUUUAUGAUAAUUUCUCAUUGUACCAACUGAAAACAAGAUGCCCAUUCUAGUGAAGACACAAAGUGCCGGCAAAGGUGAUUGGGCUAUUAUAGAGCUACAGGGUGACCUGGAGGUGAGGAGCAACCAGGACAUGCACGACCAGUUUAUUGGCGAUCUGUACUACAAUAAAUAUGGCCAGCCUAUUCUCAUCAUAGGUCAUCACAUUCUUCAGGGUCGUGAGCAAAAGCUGGACAAACCAUUUGCUGUGCUGGAAAAGUCCAAGACCAAUGAGGGUGAACGAUUGCUGGAUAUGAGCAUGGCAUCUCAAGAUGUAAGCAUGAUGAAUGCCACCACAGGAGCAGAAAGGACAGUGCUGGAUCACACGAUUGCCCAGGAGCACAAGAGUCGCCAGAGAACCGAGUACACAGUCCGCGCAGUUUGCACUAAAAAGUUAAUCUUCAAAUCGCGACCCAAACCAAUUAUAGCUAAUGUGGCCAAAUCUGUUUGAAUGUAUGUUUUAUAAAAUAUAGUUUUAUUCGCUUUUUAUGAUAAUA